CAGCUGUUGGCAGCCUGUGUAUAUAUACACAGACACAAGUGCUUUCUUCGAGAGCGACGAUCGGCGAAAGCGACUGACAUGGUGGCGACCACGGGGAGAGGGAGGCAGGGGAGAGGGAGGCAGAAGAUCGAGAUGAAACCUAUCCAAAAGGAGACGGCGCGGCAGGUGUGCUUCUCCAAGCGCUGCGCCGGCGUGUUCAAGAAGGCCAGCGAGCUCUCUGUUCUCUGCGGCGCCGAGAUCGCUGUCCUCGCCUUCUCGCCCAGCAGCAAGCCCUUCUCCUACGGCCACCCCUCCGUCGAGUCCAUCUUGGAACGGUUUUUCGGCAGCAGUGCCGAUGCCGCGCCUGCUACCCCGCCGCGGCACCCUCCCGCCGCCGUGCUGAUUCAGGCGCUCGGCCGCCAGGAGAAGGAGCUGCAGGAACGGCUCGAGGCAGGGAAGAGGAGGAAGGCGGCGCUCGAGGAGUCGCUGCGGGGGCCGCAGUGGGGCCCUGUGGGCGACUUGUUGGGCGCGUGGAGGAGCUAGGGCUUCCGGAGCUCGACCUGCUGCAGAGUGCGCUGGAGUGGGUGCGAGAGGAGGCGUUGAGCCUACAGGCGCCCACCGGGAAGGAGGCGAGCGGCGGGGGCUUUUCCGUCCCUUCAGCCUCUGCGGCUGUUCCUUGGCCAUAAACUUAGCAGAUUUUUGUGUCAAUUGGGCUGGGGAUUUUGACGGAUCUGGCCCACCUUGUAUAUCCUGGGCCAGCCCGUAUUACACUACAUAGCACACUGUUGCAUUGAUAAAACAUUUCAUGUUAAUCUGAAACUGGAUAUAUAUUUCUCAUUUUACUAA